AUAUUUGCAGUAGAUGUGGAUGAAGGAGAAAAUGCCGCUCUGUCGUACAGUUUUAUUCAUGCAGAUGCACAGUUUUCCAUUGAUAGUGAUGGUCGAAUAAACACCACAAUGCCUCUGAAGUUGAAUCAGUCAUAUCAUUUAACAGUCAAGAAUGCAAAACCGCGAUUGCUGAAUGAAGACCGCUGGACACGCCUGACGAUAUCGGAUGCGGAUGCUGUUGGUGAAACAAUUGGGCUGAUUGAAGCCGAUGAUCCUGAUGGAGAUCAGUUAUGGUGGAAGUUGACUGAUGGAAACUACAAUAACACAUUCGCCAUCAGAUGCGAUACUGGCGAGUUAUAUCUCGCAAAAAGCCUUGAUUACAUCAGCAUGGAUAUCUCUGAAGUGAAACUGAAAUUCGUUGUAAGCGACGGCCUGAACACAACCGAAGGCACUGUAAGUGGAAUUGAUGGUUCAUUCCAAGAAUAUGCUUAA